UCUAGCAAUCUUGGCCAUAACAAUAAUGAGAAAGAUUUUAAAUGCUCUAAAGGCAAAUACUUUCUUAUUUAGCGCCUUUUAAUUGAGCAGGCAAAUGUGUUCCCUUCCCAAUCUUGUUAACCGACUUCCAAAAAAGAUUCUUUUAGGUCUGAAUCCGAGCCUUUUUAGCCACCAUUUUGUCUGUGUAAAAUUUUUUAAUUAAUUUCGUCCUCUUAAUACAUAACCAUAAUCAUUUUACAACUAUAAUCGUAUAAAAUCUCGUGUACAUCAUAAUUUUGAGCAUAAUAACCUAAAUUUCUGAUCAGAAAGAAGUUGAUUUCGUUUUGAGAAUUGUCACAGAACUGUUCGCUUGGGGGCCAGAGAUCAAUAUUGUUCGUUCUGUUUGUGAUGUUACGUUUGGGAGUUUGUUAAAACACCAUUGUUUGUGGCCGAGACAAUACUGGACACAAUGUUUUUAAAGAGCCACUCUGAUUUCAACAACGCCAUAUAGUUACACACAUCGUCAACCGUGCUCUGUUAAAUGAAAAGUUUUUAAUCUGUGAUGGCUACAGUUUUAAUUGUGUUCUUUUUAAUUUUAUUAAUCGAGAAUCCAGUGAAUGCUUCAAAGUUAAAAGACUUGAAUAUGAAUGAUUAUCCUUUGACGAAGUCAUUGGGCUUCUCUCUGGACAGCAAGCUGGGGAAGAAACUUGAGGAUGCAAUGUUCAGCCAGGGUUACAUGGAACAGUAUCAAGACGUGAUGCGGGCAAGCCGCGAAUCCUUCGAAAGUUUUGAGAGGGACAAGGAAAGGAGGCGGCGACGGGGUAAAAGUUCAACUGAAAUAGACAGGGAAGGAAUCGUUGAGCGACGUCGCGGAGCCGGUCGGCUACGUUCAGAAGUAGGUCGUCGACGUGCGCGCUCGCAGGCGCUCCGCAGAGACAAACUGAACACGCAAAGUUUGCGUAGCCACCUCGAGCAUUCCAAACAAUCCACGCAGCGAGACUCAAAUGCGGUGCCCACAUAAAUCAGUACAUAUUUCAAUAAAUUGCAACAUUUUUA